AUUCCAAGCGUGGGAGCCCCGGCCACGCGCGUCUCCCUCCAGGUGCCCCUCGCCCUACUUCCUUCCUCGCCCGGACGGACGCACUUCCGGCGGAUGUGGGGGGGCAUCCCCCGGAAACGGAAGUGAGCGGCGGGGCUGACUGAGGGUAACGUUGCUGAGAGGCGGUGCGGAGAUCGGGCUCAAGAUGAAUUCCAGAGGACUCGGAUCUCAGCUAAAAGACAGUAUUCCAGUUACUGAACUUUCAGCGAGCGGACCUUUUGAAAGUCACGAUCUUCUUCGGAAAGGUUUUUCUUGUGUGAAAAAUGAACUUUUGCCCAGUCAUCCUCUUGAAUUGUCAGAAAAAAAUUUCCAGCUCAACCAAGAUAAAAUGAAUUUUUCCACCCUGAGAAACAUCCAGGGUCUGUUUGCUCCACUAAAACUGCAGAUGGAAUUCAAGGCGGUGCAGCAGGUUCAGCGUCUUCCGUUUCUUCCGAGCUCAAACCUUUCACUGGAUAUUUUGAGGGGUACUGAUGAGACUAUUGGAUUCGAAGAUAUUCUUAAUGAUCCAUCAGAAAGUGAAGUAAUGGGAGAACCACACUUGAUGGUGGAACAUAAGCUUGGUUUACUGUAACACUGUGCUGGCAACGCAAACAGGGGUUGCAUCUUAUUUAGAGUUGUCUUUUUUCUAUGAUUGGAUGUACACAACAUUAAAAGUACUGGCA